CGAAAUGGACGCAAAAACUCUCGAGAAAGGCCAAGAUGAGCUGUCCGCAUACUUCGAUAAGAGCGCCUCGACUGUAGGACAAGUAUUUCAUGGGAUCGAACAGAGAUUCAUUACACCCCUACUACAAUUUGGAAGAAAGUCUUUUGCUACAUGGCCCACCACCUCCCUGUAUUGCACUAUCUUUUUGGCGUUGGCCGUUCCCCCGGUCUUGACAUUCAUCGGGUUCUCAUUGUUCACCGUCAUCGCGCUGGUCAUCGUCGGACUCUGCGUGGCCUUCACCCUCUCCGUGAUUCUCGUUUUGUUGUUCGCCGCUAUUCUUCUCGCCACUCUUUUUGUCAAUCUCCUCAUUGCAGCAAUCCUCACUCUCGUAACCGUCCUCUUCUACGGCGGCUCCAGUCUCUUCGUCCUCGUCCGCGCUCAUGGAGGCCAAGGUCUCUUCAUGUGGGGCGAACAGAUCAAGACACAGCUGACAGAUGGCUUCAAUGCUAUUCCCAAGCCAUCACAAACUGCUAACCCCAUGAAAUCCGAGAAGGGGGCCGAUAAUCAGCAGAACGCGGAGUCGGACUCGUCGGAGGAUUCGGCUGUGGUUGUGAAAAGCGAAGAGACGGAUUCGAGUAAAGAUGAUAAGACAGCAGUAACGACUCCUACCGGUACUGCGAGUGACGCAAUGGCGAAGGGGAAGGAUCUUUUGGGAUGAAGAGAUGGAGCAGUUAUGCCUUAUUACCCUAUUUCUGGACUCUAUGGACAUAUUUUCUUAUAUACGACACUCAAUUAGUUUGUACCAGCACCUGCUUUCUGUAUGAUUGCCGACAUUCUUGUUUCUGCUUUCCUUGGGUUUGAGUGGCAAUUCA